GCAGUUGCAUGCACUCGCUCCAUCUCACUCCCUCGUAUUCGGACCAUAUUUUGCCUUAGCUCUUUACGUGGACUCGUGUCGGUUCGGGACUCGUACUUUCUCUGGUACUUGGUAAUUGUAAUAAUACUCUCUACUAAUUGUAAGUUUGUACACUAUUGUGAUUGUAUUUUCAACGCCAAGACUACCUACACUAAAGAAAAAUAUUAAUAAAGACAAACAAUAUUUAAUCUAUAAUUUAAUUUAUAUUCUCAAUUUGACCACAGACGUCAAGAACAAAAGUUUGACAAUAAAUAAAUAGUAUGCACGCGUAUGUGUGUCAAAUACAUGGUAGUUGUGUCAUGUUUUCUUUAUUGAUUUAAUGUAUCUUUUGUGCAUUAUUUAAAAAAAAUAUUAGCCUUAUGCACUUCUUCUCUAUAUUCUCUAUAAGUUUUCGUAAAAAGGGAUACAAAGUUUUUGCUUCACGUAUUAAUAUAUAGAUGCUAAUAUGCAUUUCAGACUUCAAUCGAGGCUCAUUGAAGAGUUGCCGCCCGGUCGCCCACAGGAGAACCCACGGCACCCUAAGAGGGCAAGGGUGCUCCCUCCUAAGGUCGGGAAACACCCAGGAUCGGAGUUCUGGAGACCGGACCUUCCGACUCCGGACCUGGAUGCUUCGAUGCCAUCACCUGCCCUAUAUUUACAAUGUGGGCCUGGGAGUAGCCGGGCCAGCACCCCGGUCAUGGAGUGGCCGGGGACUAGCGGGGCCAGCACCCCGGUCAUGGAGUGGCCGGGGACUAGCGGGGCCAGCACCUUGGCCACCGAGCGGCCCGGGCCUAGCGGGGCCAGCACCUCGGCCACCGAGCGGCCCGGGCCUAACGGGGCCAGCACCUCGGCCACCGAGCGGCCUGUUAUUCCUUCGUCCUCUCGACCUCCUCGUCCUCUUCGCGAAGACGAAAUUAUAGCACUGCUGAAUUACGGCAGCGAAGAGGACUCUGAGGGAGAGGAGGAAGAAAUUCUGCAGCCGUCGCUGGUUCCCCGGGCGACCAGGAUGUGGCUGGACGAAGAGGAUGAGGAAGUUGAAGAGCAAGCGGAGAGGCUUAAUAUUAAUUUGGAGUGGCCUCAACCUCCUCAACCUCUUCGUCCAUCCGCCAUCUGCUCCAGUCGACGUCUCACCGACGUCCACAUUAGAACCUGUAAAUAAGUUCAAAUUUGAAUGGAGAAAUAUCUCAAUGCCUCAAAUAGAACCUCAUUUAAGGCGAGAACUUUUCUCCGAAAUUAUUGGUCCAUCGGUUUCUUUCGCGACUCCGUACGAUGCAUUUAUUGCCAUAUGGGAUCGCGAAAUUAUGCAAGUCAUAGUCACGGAAACCAACAUUUAUGCACAGCAGCUGGCAACGGUCAUGUUGGCGAGUGGGACGAUCGACCCUCAUAGCCGGAUUACUCGAUGGCAAGAUACGAAUGUAGACGAACUUUACAUAUAUUUUGCCAUCGUUCUGGCUAUGGGGGUGGUCGUCAAAAGCCGCAUAGAAGAUUAUUGGCAUACUGCUCGGGAUAUUUUUAUACUCCGGGCUUCGCAGCGGAAAUGUCAUAUGACCGUUUUCAGCUGCUGUCCAAAUGCCUCCAUUUCAACAAUAACGAGUAUUGCGACAUUACAAUGUUGACACGACGCCAGGCCAAACUCUACAAAAGAGUUUGACGAAGUGGAAGGGCUGGCUUGAUAUAAACCAGUUCAUUCCUAACAAGGCAGCGACAGUUGGGAUCAAAACUUAUGAAGUGUGUGAAUCGCGGAGUGGUUACCUGUGGCGGUUUGAAGUUCACGCAGGCCAUGACAUCUCGACUUCACAGGACGAUCCACUUUCUGGCACAGUACCAGCUCUCGUGCUCAGACUUUUAAGUGGUCUUGAGCAUAAAGGGCACACAAUAUGGAUGGAUAAUUUUUAUAACUCUCCAGCGCUAGCCCGAGAACUUAAGACCCGCGGCUUUGACUGUGUGGGCACACUGCGGACUAACCGACAAUUUGUGCCGUACGAAUUGACGUCCCUUACAAAAAAGGAUAUGACAGUCGGUCAAGUGACGGGAUGCACCUCGGGAAAUGUGGAUCUUUUGGUGUGGAAAGAUAAAAACCGGGUGGCUUUUAUUUCCACAUACCAUGGUCUCGCAUCUGUUAGGUUUGAGGAAAGACCGAAGCCGACUGUCGCUUGCGAUUAUAACGUUUGUAUGGGCGGAGUAGACCGCAAGGAACAGCAGCUUGCAAUGUACCCCAUAGAGAGAAGAAGGACAAGAGUUUGGUACAAGAAGUUGUUUAGAAGGCUCUUAAACGCUAGUGUCUUGAACUCACACAUACUACACCAAGAUCAUUCAUUUUCACAUCGUAAGUUCCGGACGGUGUUGAUCACUCAAUUAUUGACUAGUCAUAGAAAACGUUCUCCACCUAGCACACAACUCACACCAACACAAGUGCAUUGCCCGGCACAAUAUGACUUGACCAAAAGCGGAAAAUCCGACUGCCUUAGGCGAGCAUGUGUCGUCUGCUCCAAGCGGACUAAUUCAUAUUGUAGAGCCUGUAACCAGGCAAUGUGCACCUACUCCUGCUACG